AUGGGUGGCUCUGUGGACCCCAAGAACGGACACUACAUCGGCAACUGGGGCGAGUUCGGUUGCCCGACCCCCCAGCGCAUCGCCACCUACUCGCUGUCCCCUAACCGUCAGCGUCCUAUGGCCGGUGCUGGCCACGCUGCUAUCUUCAACGUCUUCCGUCGUUUCCGUCACCAGGUUCUCUACGUUGUUCCCCCCUUCGUUGCCGCAUACGCUGCCAUGAACUGGGCCAUUGAGCGCAACGAGUUCCUGAACUCCAAGCCCGGCCGUCUUCUUGAGGGUGGUAACGAAGAGUAA